UUAUAUUACCUAUACUCUCGCUCUUGUUAUUUCCCCCAGUCCACAACUGACUCCGCCAUCCUCAUCCUCUCCUCCCUCUACAUAACAAACAGCGUUCUUUUACUUUGCCCCUACUAUCUCUUGUUGUUCAAACCUCUGCUCUGCCCUGCGCUGUAUCUCCGACAUCUCCUCGUGGGCAUCCUUCGUCUUUCGCUCGUCCACUUCACUUCUCAGCGCUACACCAUACAUACCUUAGAAUACGAUCCAUCACCAGCUUUAGUCCCGGCGCGAUACCAUACUGCGCUGCGCUGUGCUAGAGGAGGUACCUACCAAGACCCCUCUGCUACGCCAGCCGCCCAUCAUGUCUGCGCUCAAUGCGACACCAGCCGUUCCUCCUGCGCAACCCUAUGUCGAAAGGGGGUACGGCGCAAGCAGCGGCCCGCACCCCCAGCCCACAAUCACAAGUAGUGCUGCCACAGACUUUGGCUCAGCACCAAGCGGCAAUCCGUCAGAGUUGUCGCCGUUGUCACAGUCGGUCGUGCAACCGGGCUUGGGGAGGUUUAAUGAGGAGUGGGACGCCAGUCAGCGAGGCAGCUCGAUCGUAGAUGGCCCACAGCGCUCUAAUUCUGUGAUGUCGCAGGGCGACACCCUUCUCCCGUCGCGAGCAGGUACUCUCAAGAAAAAGACAUCCGUCAGAAGAGGGCCCAGUCUCCGAAGAAGUGCUAGUCGACGUAGCUCGAGAGCUGGCAGUGUUCGCAGCCUGGCCUUGCAACCGACUGGCGAUAUCGAUGAGAUGCAAAGUGCAUUCUACUCACCUGUUCCUACCAGCGGUAACCCUACGGAAAUUCUAGCAAAUAGAUUUCAAGCUUGGCGAAAAGUCCUGAAGGAUCUCAUUGCAUAUUUCAGAGAAAUGCAAGCAUACAGUGACCACAAAGCUAAGAAUCUUGCGAAGAUUUCUAACGUCCUUAACAACACCACCAUGCCGCCAGUCUUCCUGACUGGUGGUGUUAUCGACAACGCCGUCCAAAUAUUACAGAACCACCACAAACUUGCUAUCGCCGAAUCCAACAAGUCUCGAGACAUCGAGAAUGACGUUAUCCUAGCUUUGGUCGGAUUGCGCAGCGAUUUAAGCCAGAAGAUAAAGGAGAUAAAAAAUCUGUCGGGAGAUUUCAAGAGUUCCCUGGACAAGGAGAUGGAAAGCACACGGAAGGCUGUAGACCAUCUCCAGGACGCUUUGGGCCACUCCGAUAUCGAUCCUUCCCAGAUGACCGGAAAGCAGGAUCCAUAUCUGCUGAAGUUGGCUGUUGAUCGUCAAGUCGAAAAGCAACUUGACGAAGAGAAUUAUCUGCACCAGGCUUAUCUCAAUCUCGAAGCAUCCGGCCGAGAGUUGGAAGCUAUCGUAGUUGGCGAAAUUCAGAAGUCUUACAACGCCUAUGCUGGUAUCCUCAAGCGCGAGGCUGAUACAGCAUACGCGGCCGUUGAGGAGCUACGUGCUGGACCAAUUGCGAUGCCAAAAGAUUUCGAAUGGAAUGCGUUCGUGGAAAAAGACGAACAUUUCAUUGAUCCCAAGAUACCAAUAAGGCGGGCGCAGAAUAUAGCAUAUCCUGGUCGUGACAAUGAAUUGGCCCAAGAAGUCAGGGCUGGACUAUUGGAACGGAAGAGCAAGUAUCUCAAGAGCUACACUGCUGGUUGGUAUGUACUUUCUCCGACUCAUUUACAUGAGUUCAAGUCUGCGGAUAAGACGCAAGCUCCUAUUAUGUCUCUUUAUCUACCCGAGCAGAAGCUAGGUUCGCAUUCCCCCGAAGGCUCAUCUUCCAAUAAGUUCAUGCUUAAGGGGCGCCAAACCGGAGCACUCCACCGGGGACAUUCGUGGGUAUUCAGGGCAGAAUCAUGGGACACGAUGCAGGCGUGGGUUUCAGACAUUGAGGCUUUGACAGAGAAGACGCCACAAGAGCGCAGCGCGUUCGUACGCCAACAUGUUCGCGUCGCCAGUGGAACGUCGCACAAACCCAGCUCUAUCAGUAGCGACGGAAUCAUGGACGAAGAGGAUGAGGAGCCGUUCUCUGCUGCAGCUUCAUCUAUCGUGGCCCAGGGAUCGAAUAAGGGCGUAUUGCCAAGACGCCCCGAACCAGGUGGGCGAUUUCCAUCUGACCUCAAGGUCGACGUAGCUCGUGGCUUACAGGCUCCUCUCUCGCCCUCUAGUGGAAGUUCCGGUUUUGGAGAAGUCAAAGAUCCUGACUUGAUCGCUGCCGCUGGUGCUAUACCUGGCAGCGGCGUGGGUUCACAUUACGGCGAAGAUAUGUCGCCCACUCAUGCUGCCUUGGUUGAUCAGUAUACGAAGGAGGAUGGGAUCAAUCCAUAUACUGGGGAGGCUACUGCAGGUCUGGGUACUGCUGGAGGGGCCGCAGGAUUGAAAGCUUACAACAAACAAAGCAAUCUCAACAACCUAGGAAGUCCCAGCCAACAAGAAGGAGGCCAAGCUGCACCUGGGUCUUCAUCUAUUGCUGCUCUCACCAGUGCCCAGCAGGAGCGACAAGCUGCUCUUGAGGCCACAGUAAUUACCGCGGAUGACACGCUUACAUCUCCACCCGCUACUUCGGACUCAAAAUUGAUGUCUGGAGGUCGUAGCAUCGGUGAUCUCAGCUUACUCGAUAAAGAUGUUGAAAGCGAAGCCCACCCAAAGCCAACUAUCAUCGGAUACCAAACGCAAAGCGUGCCAAAACCUAUAGCAGAAGAUGAGGCCCGGCCGGCGUUGGAUAAAGGACAGAGUAAUGGAUCUGCGCAGACUAUUAGCCAGUUACAUGUUCCAGGGGAGUUUCCUAGGGGCGGUUCUUGAAUGGGCGUUUUUAUGGAUAUAGGUUUGGACGGAUGGGACAAGCGACUGGCUGGCUGUAUAUAUAUAUACCUUUGUACGACUCGUCGAAUGCGAUAUUUUC